GCCUUGAGACAGAGUGAAAGGAUGAACUGGGUACCGAAAUUAACCACUGACCGAACGCGUCGUAAAUAAGUUCAGCUGGCGGGGUGGGAGCAUGGGAUGAAGGGAGGUUCGUCAGCUGUCUCGUUGUUAAGCUCUAGGUGUCAAUAGUACUACCGCUGACACUGGAUAACUGGGGAAACCCUCAGGUCCUUGCAAAGCUGAGAACAGCAACUCCAACCCCUGCAAGGCUGAGAGCAGCAUUCCCCUACAAGACAGAGCAGCAUCCCCUGCAAGGCUGAGAGCAGCAUCUCCCCUACAAGACAGAGCAGUAUCUGCCUACAAGGCUGAGAGCAGUAUCCUCCUACAAGGCUGAGAGCAGCAUCCCCCUACAAGACAGAGCAACAUCUCCGUACAAGGCUGAGAGCAGCAUCUCCCUACAAGGCUGAGAGCAGCAUCCCCCUACAAGACAGAGCAGCAUCCCCUUAUAAGGCUGAGAGCAGCAUUCCCCUACAAGACAGCAGCAUCCCCCUACAAGGCUAUUUUAUAAGUGUAGUAAACAUAAGUACUUAUUCAGGGAUGGACUUCAUAUGUUGAAAGAAUGAACACUGAAACCAAGGCAUCUGUUACUUCUCCAGAUUUGUACAGCACCUUUAUUAUCCAUGAUGUAGGUGCGAGCUCUUUGCUCAGGACUGGCAAUGUGAUGCCUGAUGCAGCUUUAGGCCAUGAAAGAGAAAUGUUCAUCACUUCAUCAAUUGUCUGUGAAGAGACUGAUGAAGAAUUUAACCAGGAAACAGGUGAAAACACUCAGGUUACUAUCAUUAUCUCUGACACUUCUGCUGCAGACAAGAAUGGUGGAGUGUCCCUCAUUCCUUCACACACUCACCUUGAUGCAAAUCCUGCACCCUGGAGUGACCCACACUUCUUGAGGAGGUGCCUUAAGCAGUGCCUGAAGCUGACGUUUCCUGACAAGACUGAUGUGUGCUGUUUUCUUUGUCCUGACACAUGCAAAUCUUUCAUUGGUCUCAGGAAACAUCUGAGGGAGACACAUAAUCUGAGUCAUGGUAUCACUCAGCUCCCAAACUUGCCAGCUGAGUGUAUCUCUGAAACUGCUAAAGAAAUAAGGAAGCUGGAUUGCAAGUGUUCAGCAUUCAUCUGUGCAACAUGUGAAGUGACAUUUCCCCAUCUUCUCAGACUUGUGCAGCACGUCCUCCUGGAUCACCCUACUCGUUGUGGAGACUUUACGUUCUUUGCAGAGCAGCAACAGAAAAGCUGCCUUGAAAAAUGUCCGCGGUGCACAGUUCUAGACAAGCUGUGUCGUGUUGACUAUGAUUUAUUUGUGAGAGUGUUGCUUGAGUGCAUGGAGUGUUGUGAUGAGGAGUGUAGGACGCUGCUGCUGAGCUGGCCUCUGGCUCACUAUGCCGAGCCCUGUGAGUGGUGUGCUAAGGAGGAGGACAAGGCCAAGGAGCACCCUGGGGACUCACCAGGUACUCAUGGUGCAGAAAGAGAAGUAGUCUGCUAUAGAAUAAAGCAAGAGCACUUUGACAAGUUUUCACAAAAAAGUGUAACUUCAGAGUGUAUCUGUCCACUUAUGAAAUGUCCAGAGUGCCCAAAGACUGUGGCUAACUAUGCGGAUCUUCGUAAGCAUGUCAGACAGAAUAACCACAGCAACUGGCAUGACUUAAGACUCAUGUGGGAGAAAUAUAAAACCAUCAAGGAGAACUGUCCUGUCUGCCCCAAGCAUUCUUACCACAUGUACAUCCUGUGCCCCCACUGCCCACACCUGGAUUUUGACAGCGAGAGGGAUGCCCAGACCCACAUGAACUUCCACCACAACACUCAGGAUGGGGACAAAUUGCAUGGUGUGUGUACUUGCUGUAAUUAUUUCUUGUGCCUGAAAUGCAACACCUCCUAUCCCACCCCCCAGAGUCUCCACCGGCACAUGAGGCAGAUGCAGCACGAGACGCCAGAGAACCUCGCUGCCAUCCCAGCCAUGAUACAGGACAGCAUCAGGAGUAGGGAGGGGUGCUCACAUUGCUCCCUGCAGGGCUCUCUCAUUGCCUCAGUGUCACUGCAGAAGGAAGAAAAGUGCAGCUGUCGAUGGGCAGAAUGCUCCACCUGCAAGACUUCCUUCAGGAGAGUGGGUGGUCUGCUGGAUCACACCCUGAGGGCCAAACACCCCAUGAGUGCCAGGGACAUCAGGAAGGAGAGAGAGAAGCUGGCAAGCUCCAUGAUAACCUGCCAGAGAUGUUGCAUUGAGACAAACAAGUACUGUGCACUGUGCCACCACAAGGAAAACUUCAUGUACACUCAUCUGAGGACCUUUCACCAGGACUGCCAGAUCAUGCUGCUCAGGGACGACUGUGGUAAUGUCCUGGAGGAGCACCAUGCUGGGGGCAGUGAUUGCCGGCACCUGGCCCGGUAUGAGUGUAGCGUGUGCAAUGUCUGCCACCCACGUGUCAAUGACCUGCUGUGUCACGUUCGUCGGCAACACCCUCAGUGCCACUUUACCCUGGUGUGCCUCAACCUCAAUGAAGACAGGCAGCAAGUGAAGAAUCUCACUGGCUGUGAGAACCUCAUGCUUCUGAGUGUUGUCGAUAAGAAACUUUGACAUCAAAAACAUGCAAUGGGAAUGUGUGAAAGUAGUUCAAACAUAUUUUAACUGUUUAUUUUGUGAUAAAUCAUAUGUGUACUGUACAUAUGUAUACUGUACUACAUUUUUGCCUGGAACUAUAAAAGAUGCAUCUAAAUAUAAAUAUAGAAAUGGUC